GCACUUGACGUCUACCAUCGCGCAAGGGUGGUUGUGGAUUCCCUUCUCGGACACCCACGGGAUUAGGUGCCUUCGAUAGAUCGUUGAUCGAGUCUGAAGUUGGCGUGCGCAAGCUGCAGCGACGGUAGUUCAUUUUGUUUCUUGGUGCCGCGAAUCGAAUGUGAAGUGAAUUAAUUACCUUUCCACCUACAUACGAGAUUGUACAUGAAGGAUUGAAAGUCACACCUCUUUUUUGGAUGUUGGUAUGAUGCGAAACAAGUGAUACACGGCUAUUAAGAAAAGCGGUCUUGAAUCUUUUCGGAUUGUUCAGAAGGUGCAGCGUUUCCAGUAAACCGCGACCGAAAGUGAUUUGUGUUGUUGAUUAUUUAUGAAACAUUUGACGAACCUAUACUAAUUAAUUAGUGUAUGUUCAUAGUGUUAUUAUCAGGAUUAUUAUUAAAAUUGUCCAUAUUUGUGUAAAAGAUUUUAACAAGGGGCAAUUUGUUUGAGGUUCGAAAAGUGACAUAUGUCAAGUGUAAGUGUGGGCAGACAGACCAGUACCCAAGUGAUUGUUAAUUAAUUUAUAACAUCAAAAAUUAAGACGCUGGUGCGGAUUCUAGCAUGCGUACGACAAAGUGCGCGUGAGAGGUCAUGAUCGAUUCUUAACAACCGAUCGUUAGGUUAACAACGAUUAAACCGUAUGACACAUAAGUGGCAGCAACACCGGAAGUGACACAAAAAGUGUGAACGUGAAAUUGUCGGCAGUCAGGAGGAAGUUGCAGGUCUACUGGAGUAGGAUAAUAGUUCACACCAAAGGAAACAGGGGGCUCGUUUUGAGUGUGUGCGCCAAACGGUUCUUAAAUAGGAGUUAAUUCUCAUAAUUGUGAUAAAUAAUCUGCUCCUGUACAAAAGAUUUAUUAACAACUUGGUUGGCUCGGAUAGAGUCCGCCCUUCCCAACGCCUCACACUAUCAGCACUUGCAGCAGCAGAAGAAACAGUUGUUAGAAGGAAAGUGUGAUCUGCGACACCUAGGUCGAUUCACCCGGGCCAGCUAACUAGUCACAAAUGCGCUCGGUGGAUGAGAUGGCAACGUCCCACAUUCUAUCCGCCAUUGACCCCCUGAUGACGGCAUCGAGUAACGGCGGUUCGUCGGUGGGUGCGCCGUCCAAUGGAACUAUGACACAAUCGGGCGGCGGUGGUAGCGGAGGAAGCCUGCUCGGUGGCCACGGUGGAGGACGAAGUGGUGGCGGCGGCGGCGGUGGUGGUGGUGGGGCCGGCGGUAGAGAGCAAAACCUUUCGGUCACGCUGGAUGAUCGUGAUCUGUGGCUGCGGUUUCAAAACCUCACCAACGAGAUGAUUGUCACCAAAAAUGGGCGACGGAUGUUUCCCGUGGUAAAGGUGACCGCCACCGGUUUGGAUCCCACCGCCAUGUACACGGUGCUGCUGGAGUUUUCUCAGGUUGACUCGCAUCGCUGGAAAUACGUCAACGGUGAAUGGGUUGCUGGUGGAAAAGCGGAAGCCCCUCCUCCAAACCCAGUUUACGUCCAUCCGGAGUCUCCUAACUUUGGUCAGCACUGGAUGAAGGAGCCAAUCUCGUUCGCGAAGGUUAAACUAACAAACAAAACCAACGGCAACGGUCAAAUUAUGUUAAACUCGCUGCAUAAGUACGAACCACGAGUACAUCUAGUCCAAGUUGUGUCCGAGCAGCGAGAGCAGAGGAAUGUCCACACUUAUCCUUUUCCGGAGACACAGUUCAUCGCUGUAACGGCUUAUCAAAACGAGGAAGUAACUUCACUCAAAAUCAAAUAUAAUCCUUUUGCUAAGGCUUUCCUCGAUGCAAAGGAACGUCCCGAUUCGGUAUAUUCCAGGGAAAACUCAACCUACGGUUGGUUGAAUUUCCACCCAUCUUACGCUACAGCUCAAUCUCCUCUUCCGAAUGCCGAACGUUAUCAGCACAGCACAAUUCGUACGAAUCGAGUGGCUCCCUACACGACUCAGCGAUCGCGCAGCACUAGUGGGAGCGCUUCUCCCCAAACGCCAUACAUACCAUUGGAACCGGUUUCAUCGCCUGUCUUUUCCUCCUACUCGAGCCCAUGGCAAUCGCAACCAACAGCUGCCACAGGUUCCUAUUGGACUAGUCAAACCACCAAUCCGGGGAGUCCCAAUUCGAUAGCUCCAAACAUUUCACCCACUCCUUCAAACGGAUCUCCCAAUUAUGCGCAAUCUUCGCCAACCUACUCAUCACAUCACCUGUCGUCGCAUAACAGCCAAUAUACUCCGACGUCCAGCUCGGCUGCCACCCCUUCAGCUCAAAUAGAUGUAUAUCAACCGAAUGUGAGUCCUCAGCAGAUCUACGCUCCAGCUGGGCAUCAAAUUUACCACCCUACUCCCACCGUUUCACCCAACCAUCAGCUGUACGGGAAUGUUCUGAAUGCACCAACGAUUACCAACAUCGGUUACUCUACGACCUGGCAUGGAGCCAGCGACUACAGUGUCUACCAGAGCUCUUAUCACUACCCGACAGCGGAGUACAUCCCUAUGAUAGGGGAAAUUGGAACCUACAACCAUCCGACGGAGAUAACGGAGCUCACACCGGUUCCGGUAUCCCACCACCAUCGGACCCACGAACCCCUGGCUGCAUCGUCCCCAGUUCCCAUCCAAUACCACCACGGGCAUCAUCCGACGGCUGGCUCGACGGAAAGUGCCCUGAUGGGCAGUGGGAGUGCCGUAAGCCAUCACCACCACUGUUCCGACAACCAUUCACCGGAGCCGAACCAUGGCAGUGGGAACACGCUGCCGGGAUCUCCGGGAACAGCCACGGCUGUCACUAUUCAGCAAAGUCCGACACGAAGCGGCUCGACGGGGGCUUGGACACCGUUGACUCCGCCGCAGCAAACGUCGCACAUCUGAAAGUUAUGGUACGGUGCGUUGCGCGCCGUUUCUUCUAGCUAUUAUGUACCGGUAGGGUACUUGUUUAAAAUGUGUAGGUAGAGAUCUGUUUUGGAAAUGUUCUUUUAAAAUUAUGAAAAAUAGACCUAGUGAAAUGUUUUCCAUUAAAAAGUAAGUUUUAAGCAAAUUAGUUACGGUUUAGAUAUGUAUAAAAAGUAAGAGCAGAUUGUUCCAUAGUUGUUUAGGAAUAAAAAUACUGUGUAAAUC